AUGCCCGUGUCCAAGCUGAGCAGCCCAGACACGUCCAUCCUGGUGGGGAUCCCGGGCAUGGAGCAGCUGCACAUCUGGACCUCCAUGCCCUCCUGCUGCCCGUACGAGGCAGCCCUGCUGGGCCACGGGGCCCUGCUGCCCAUCUGGGCAGAGCGCAGCCUGCACCAGCCCCGGUGCCAGCUCCUGCCCACGCUGGCCCUGGCCGGCCCCACGCUCUCCCCCACGGCCGGGCCCAAGACGCUGGCUCAGUUCUGGUUCCGAGCCAGGGAGAUUUCCUUCGGCGCCUGCCUGACCCAGAUGUUCUUCCUGCACUUCCCCAGCCUGGCGGAGUCCCAGAUCCUGCUGGCCAAGGCCUUCGACCGCUUGGUGGCCAUCUGCUUCCCGCUGUGCCACGGGGGCGUGGGCCGUGGCCAAGGCAGGGCUGGCUAA